UCAGCGCUACUUCUCUAUACUCUUUAUAAAAUUUAUGGAGGGUGGGAGAUUCUUGGGGAGCGGUUUUAAAGAUAAUUUUAUAUUCAUCAGCCGGAAGCCACGUUUUUUCAUGUGCUCAGCAGUCAACUAUACGGAGUCAUUUAAUUCACACUGUGCCUAUGAAUAGGUGAUGAGGAGAGUAUCUAUUUAUAAAGAAUCUUGUGAAAAGGGGUCUCUUGAAUCUUGGGAAUACAACUUUCCAGUCAAACGACAACUCCGUUACUAAAAGUGGACAAACCAUGAAUAACGAAGAUUCAAGCGCAGCCUCACCUCCCAUCAGGCUUGAGGGGAAGUCUCAGGCAAUUGUGGUUUGUUUUUUUCUUGGGCUUGGAUCUCUUGUCUCAUGGAAUAGUAUGCUGACAAUUGGAGAUUACUACUAUCAGUUGUUCCCGGACUACCAUCCUUCUAGGGUGCUUACCCUUGUUUAUCAACCGUUUGCACUUGGAACAAUAGCAAUACUUGCUUAUAACGAAGCAAAGAUUGAUACAAGGAAGCGAAAUUUGUUUGGAUAUAUCCUUUUCUUCUUAAGCACAUUUGGCCUUCUACUUAUAGAUCUUGGCACGUCUGGGAAAGGUGGGAUCGCAAAUUAUAUUGGCAUUUGUGUUUUUGUUGCUGCUUUUGGAGUUGCAGAUGCCCAUGUUCAAGGUGGAAUGGUUGGAGAUUUGUCUUUCAUGAGUCCUGAAUUCAUGCAAUCAUUCUUUGCUGGCUUGGCUGCAUCAGGAGCUCUGACUUCUGGCUUGAGGUUGAUAACCAAAGCAGCUUUUGAUAAACUUGAUAAUGGUCUUCGCAAGGGAGUUAUGUUAUUCCUUGCCAUAUCGACAUUCUUUGAGUUCUUAUGCAUUCUCCUAUAUGCAUUUGUCUUUGGGAGACUGCCCAUCGUGAAGUACUUCCGAAAGAAAGCAGCCUCAGAAGGGUCAAAGACAGUUAAAGCUGAUCUGGCUGCUGCUGGUGUCCAGAAAACAGAGAGCAGCGCACCUUUGUUAUCAUCACAGGAUGGCGAUGCCAAGCACGAGCGAUUGAGCAACAAGCAGCUGUUACGUCAGAAUAUUGAUUAUGCAUUGAACCUUUACUUGAUAUAUGUACUCACUCUAUCAAUUUUCCCUGGAUUCUUGUACGAAAACACCGGUCAUCACCAACUGGGUUCUUGGUAUGCAGUCGUCCUGAUAGCAAUGUACAACGUGUGGGAUCUCAUAUCAAGAUACAUUCCUCUUAUUGAAUGCAUUAGACUGGAAUCUCGAAAGGGUCUCAUGAUUUCAUGUUUGGCACGUUUCUUGCUCAUUCCUUGUUUCUACUUCACGGCCAAGUAUGGAGACCAGGGAUGGAUGAUAAUGCUAGUUUCGUUUCUAGGCUUAUCAAAUGGCUAUCUUACCGUCUGUGUGCUCACAGCAGCUCCCAAGGGCUACAAGGCACCGGAGCAGAACGCAUUGGGUAAUUUGCUAGUCAUGUUUCUUCUUGCCGGCAUAUUUUCAGGAGUCGCUCUUGACUGGUUGUGGAUCAUUGGGAACGGGACAUUUUAAGCAGACGUAGUUCAGUUUCUACUAGUUUCUUCUAUUUUCUGGCAAUGUGUAUAGUCUCAAGUUAAGUACAACAUCUCAGUAGUUUUCUUUCCUUUGUGUAAAUAGCAGACCAGUUAAGUGACUGAUGUCUUCUGAUUCUUAUGGCAUUUCCUGCCUUAAUAACGGGACAAGAAUCUUUAUGACAAUUACAGCAUCGUCGUCUUGAUUA